CAGAUAUCUGCUGUUUCUAAUCCCCUGGGGCCAAUUAAUAUGGCUAAAUCCUACUUCAUAUACGGAGCUGGCAAGAUCUGCUAUAUACUUAUCAUGGCCUUGGUAGCAGGGAAGAGCCUAUACCUGAGAUUGAGUGUUAUAAAAGAAUAUAUCAGAUUAUAA